AUGGUUGAGAAACACUGGCUUAGAUCCUCUGAUAAAUGCCGCUUCAUGUUGGCAAAUAGAAUAACUCUCUUAGAGAUCCAAGCAGUUACUAAAACUGAUUCUGUGGACUUAAAGAUUGACAAGCGCCGCGGAGAAGCUUCGCUCCGCUUCUCGCUCAGCCUUCCCCCGGAGGCGAUCCGGGUCUUGCAGCGGCGGAGCCUGGAGAAGCAGCGGCCGCGAGGGCGGGUGGCCCGCUUCGCUUCCCCCGACGCCUCCAGGUGUCCUCUGGCGGGAACCUCGUCGCCCGAGGGGGACUUGCGCGCCUUGCUGCAGGUGUCGCUGCUCAACGAGCGCCACCGCUACGACGACGUGGAGUACGAGGAAGACGAGGCGGCGGGAGACCCCGGAGCCUUCGCCGCCGACGAAGGGCUGGUGCGCAAGUGCACCGAAUGGCUCCGCGGUGUGGAAAGCGCCGCUGCCCGGGACCGGGCGGGCAAGAUGGACACCCUGCCUCACUUGAGCACCCUUUGAGCGGCCGGGCUUGUGGUUCCUCAGCCUUUCACAAGCGGCGUGGUGGGCCUUCGGCACGGCGCUCUUCCGAAAAAAAGCACCGUUUGCGAAUACAAAUGCUUACCAUUCCGUUUUCUGGUUGCUUUCUAGCUUAUUCCUGCGAGGGAGAGAAAAAAAGCACCUCACUUUCUACUUAUGGGUCGUACUGUAGAGCACGGGAGUGGAUUUCGGCCUCUUGUCUUUCCUGGGGAGGUGGGUGUGGUUUUCUUUUUUGUGCCUUUUCUUCGGAAACACCCAGGCGGAAAGCCCUGCCCGUUCUAAUAACCAGCGGUUGCUAAGGCAGCAAGGUGGCCUCACGUUGUACAACGGUAGAUUUGUGUAAAAUGCCCUUUGAAGGGAUUGUCACUCCCCAGCCAACACCAUCUUUGCUUGAUAGCACAUCAGAAAGGUGCUUAACCAUUGUCUCCCAAGAUAUGUGUCAAAUAUGUCUGCCAAAAGAGCAUCCUCCCUUCACCUCUCCUCCUGGAAAUCUGCUUCACUUCUUGAAUGGAUUAGUGUUCUCUAUCCAGCAUCUUUUUUUAAAAAAAUCAUUGCAUAGUGUUAAGGAAAAAGACACAGGAAUGCAACUCAUUUGUGUGUUAUUCUUUGCUAGGAUAAUAUAAAUGUUUGAAUGUGAAAGAUGAGAAUGGUGAAGUUUAAUGCCUCAAAUGUAUAUGGGUUUUACUAAAACCAGCCAAAUAUGAGUGUUCAAUUUUUAUCAUCUCUGUUCAAUUUGUUAUAACACAGUGAUUUAUUUUGUUAACCUUUGUAAAGAUUGAGGACUCCUGUGUAAUUUGAAUCUGUUCCAAAUAUGUUUAGAACAGCUUCACGUUACUGAAAAAGUGGGGAACAUCUGGGAAACAUCUGAAUGCAUGCUGAGAUCCAGAGGAGUUAAAGGAAGACUGAAAACAAAAACUUUUUCCAUGGUUUAUUUCAGCUUCCUGGAUGUGCUCGAGGAUGACUCUGAAGUUUAUGAAUUAACUUUCAUUCUCACAACAGAAACAAAAGGAAAUAUGCUGUCUCUAUUCCACGUGUUCUGAACAAAAAUAUUUUAUUAGUACUUUGUAUAUAUAGAAUAGCACAGUGAUU